AUGGCUUUCGAAUCAAAGGCUUCAGGUAUUGCUGCUUCAGUUUAUAUUGCUCUUUAUACCAUCUAUAUCUCAGUAGCUGUUUACAUCUUACUGCAAGUUGGUUUCAGAACAAAGUAUAAUGCUUUAACUAUUUAUGGUAUAUUUAGAUUUGCAGGUCAAUUAUGUGCUAUAGUAUUUGCUGUAUUAGGUUAUAAUCAUUGGCAAUGGUUAGUGGCAUAUCUUGUUUUCACUGCUGAAGGUUAUUUCAUGUUAAUUUUAACUUCAUUUUAUUUACUUGGUCAAGCUCAACAUGAUACUACUGGUAAAUCAUGGAUUGAUCCUAAUAAACAAGAACGUAAUGAAGCCAAAGCUAGAGCUAUUACUUCAGUGCAAAGAUUUAGAGCUACUUUUUCAAUUGCUAUAAUAUUUCAUUUCAUUUUAAUUCCAGCUAAUGUUUUGAUUAUUUAUGGAGGUACUCAAUUAGCAGGUUUAAGUAUUGAACAGAUAAGUGAUCAAUCCUCCAAAGUUAGAAGAUCAAAGAUUUUCAGAACUGCAGGUCAAUCGGUUUUCUUAGCUCAAAGUAUUAUUGCUAUAGGAUUAGCUCUUUAUUGUCUUAUAGUUGAAAAACUUAGACAUAUUAAUAUUUAUACUAUCUUAUUUGUGGCUCCAUUCUUAACCGUUAGAGGUAUAUUUGGAAUUUUAUCAAUUUACAUUCAAAAAAUGAAUUAUUAUGACUUUUCAAAUUAUACUGCUGAUGGUUUGAGUUCAUCUUUUGUUACUUAUGAAUAUGUUUUAGCAACUACUAUGGAAUUCAUCGUUGCAGUAAGUUAUCUUGCUAACUAUUUCCUUCGUAAGAAGAAGUAUCCUCAAGUUCAUUUAACUCAAAAGGAUAAUGAUGAAGAAUUAAAAUCUUUAAAUGAUAAACAAAGUGCUUAG